AUGAUGUUAACGUGUGACUAUUCCGACUCAUCGGAACAAUCUUCAAGAAAAUUUGCUAAGACAUGUGUCGAAAAGAAACGCCGUGAUCGUAUUAAUAAAAGUCUCGAUGAAUUAAAAGAUCUUAUGGCUUUAACGGAUGAGAGAGCAAGAUAUCAAAAAUUAGAAAAAGCCGAAAUACUUGAAAUGACUGUAAAUUAUAUUCGAAAUUUAAAACGUCAUAUGCAUAAUUCAGCUGACGAUUAUGAAAAUGGUUAUAAACAAUGUUCGGAAGAAAUGUGGAAAUUAAUUUAUUCAUCACCCAAUAUCAUUCCUGAACAACGUGAACGUCUAGCAAAUCGUUGUCGACAAAUGUGGACAAAUCGUCGAUUUGCUAAUCAUCCAUAUCAACGACGAACAACACCAUCAUCAUCAUCAACAACAGGAGCAGUAAACGAACAAUAUUCACAAAAACAAUCAUCAUCUCAUCUUAAAAUUCUUGUUAAUCAUUCAUCAAUAAUAAAUCCUAGUAAUCCAUGUUCUUCAUUAUCAUCAUCGUCAUCAUCAUCAUUAUCAAAUCGCUCAUCUAGUUCUCUCAGUCCAUCAUCACCAAAACUUUGGAAACCAUAUAUGUAA